AUGACCAGUAACACGUUAACGCGUACUCAGAAUAGCCGCGUGCUGCAGGCUUUUCGCGCCAUUGGCAUCGUGGUAGCUGAUGUACCACUUGUGUGGUAUGGCAUGGGUAAAGCGAGCUUUGCAACGGCGUCGCUGGGCAAGUCUUUUAUCGUGUACAAGUGCGACAAAUUAACGCCUGUGCUCGUGUCGCCUCAGCUGCCCAAGCGCAUUGCGGCCUUGGCCGUACAGCCUCAGAGACAAUUGACUUUUACAGCCUGUGGCCGUCAAAUUAUAGUUUGGAAUCGAGUGGAUAGGGUCCAGACAUUGGUUGGACACAAAGGAGCUAUUAAACAGCUCAUGACUGUGGGCACGGUCCUCUUUUCACUGGAUGACGCGCGUAGCAUCAUCAUGUGGGACUUGGACACGUUGAAGAUUAUUGACACGUUGAGUUUUCCAGUCCAGUUUGAGCCUACGAGAAUGCUGCACCCAGACACGUACUUGAACAAGAUCUUGAUCGGGUCCAAACAAGGUCCGUUGCAGCUCUGGAACGUCCGGAAGAAAACCUGUGUGUUUGAGUUUACAGGAUGGGGCAGUGCUGUGACGGCGCUCGAACAGAGUCCUGCGGUGGACGUUGUGAGUAUCGGUCUGGCAGAUGGACGGCUGAUGGUUCAUCACUUGCAGCUCGAUCAGCGCGUGCUAGACUUUCGACAGGAACAGCAGAGUGGAAUCACAGCCAUGUCUUUCAGAACGGAUGCAGGUGCAUCGACGACACCGUUAGCCGUCUCGGGAUCGCGCUCUGGUGAUAUUGCCGUGUGGAAUCUGCAAACGAAACGUCUGGAGUCGGUGAUUGCGAACGCGCACGAUGGCGCUGUGAUGUCGCUGCAGUUCUUAGCUAAUGAGCCGUUAUUGCUGUCGUCGGGUACGGAUAACUCGAUAAAGCUGUGGAUCUUUGACCACCUAAAUGGCGGUACUGCUCGCUUGUUAAAGUCUCGUGAGGGUCACCAUGCGCCACCGACGCGCAUCCGUUAUUACGGUAACAACACGCUUGCUACAAUGGCAGACGGUGCUGACGGCACAUGCUGUCAGAUUUUGUCCGCCGGGCAGGACCGCGCCUUCCGUGUCUUCCACACCGCUCGUGAGCAGCAAAGCAGAGAGAUGUCCCAGGGCCCAGUUCUCAAGAAAGCGCGCAGCUUAAAUGUGCGCGUCGAGGACUUCAAGCUACCGCCUAUCGUGCAGUUUGCUGCUAUGGAGACGCGUGCACGCGAUUGGGCAAACGUAGUUACGUGCCACGAGAACGAAAUUGCAGCCUAUGUAUGGCGUUUUGAUCACCGUGCUAUUGGCAAGAAGGUGCUUCGUCAGUUCGACCCGAGCAACCGCGCUCCUUCUGGUAGCACGGAGGAUUUGCGUCGCAAAAAGACACAAGCUACGAGCGUGGCUAUCAGUUCUUGUGGUAACUAUGCACUAGUUGGCAGUCUGGGCGGAGCUAUUUUUCAGUACAACAUGCAGUCUGGAGAAGCUCGUGGUUCGUUUCCGGUGGCGGUGACUCCGAAGCCAAAGAUUAUUAGCUCGCUCGUGCUACCUGGAACAGAUUUGUCGGUACUGCAAGACGACGAAUACGACAAGACCGCUGCUGAUGCUCAUGACGGACCUGUCAGCGCUGUGGCUGUUGAUGCCCUUAAUAAGACUUUGGUCUCGGCAGGAAUCGAUGGCAAACUGAAAUUUUGGGACUUCCAGAAAGCACGACCUGUGCCACACGAUUAA